CAAAAAAUAACACAAUUACAAUUAACCUUGAAAUAUGCGAUAGCUACAAUUAGGAUUUCGAUAAAUAUAUGGGGAUAUACGUUCGAUUAGAAUUGUUAUUGUUUUCCGAUUCAGGAUGUGUCAUGUUUGACGUUACUUUUUAUUUAUUUCUGUUUGACAGUUUCAAUAAUUUUCCAAUGCCGUUCGCGAUCUAAAGUCCAUGUCGAAUGAAUUUCGUCUAUGAGAAGAAUCACCGAUGAAAAACGUUCGACAGAUAAUCUUAUUCGAUCACUCACAGAUGUGAUGAAACCGCAGAUAAAAACUGACGUCCCAAUUCCCAAAUGCAAUUAUCUCUCAGUGGAAUAUCGUGAACCGAUGUGGCUGUGGCACACGGAAAUCAACAGCUGGGAAUUCCUAUGUGUAACGAAUUACUAACGACCUGUUUUAUUUUCAUUUCGUUCCAACCAUGGCUAACAAUCAGUGCAAGGAGUGCGGAUGCAUUUGCUCUAAGUGCUCUGACCAUGAUGUCCAUCUGCAUGUGGAGAUUGAGAACCUGAAGCAGAGGCUAGUUGAGAAGGAGAACCAUAUUGUUACUAUGGAAACAAAUUUUUUGAAUGAGGCUAAUAAGUUUCCUAAUGGAGAGGUGUCUGCACUGAGAGAGGAAUUAAUAACUUGGCAAGAUAAAUAUAAAAGAUUGUAUGAGGCUCAUCGCAGAGUUCAAAGGGUGAAUCAAGGUUUAGAAGAUAAGCUAUUAAAGUUGGUAGAUGUUAGUGAGACAGAGAAAAACACAUUGACUAAAGAUAUAGCAACUCUAUCACAUAAGUUGGCUGAUGCCAAUUAUACUAUUAAGAAAGUAACUGAGGAUAAUGAAAGGUAUAAGAAUGACCUUUCUCUGGCUUUACAGUUCUUGCAAUGCAAACCUGGAAAUUUUGUCUCUCAAAAAUAUGAUACAUUGCCAAAUGAGGUGCAAGCUAAAGUCUCUAAUUAUAUGGUUGUCAAAAAGAAACCAGAAGAGCGAAGAACUUUGCCCGAUAUGAAGAGUAUAAAAGUUCCGAUACCAACGUUCCCACCAACGGCUAUGGUGUAUUCAGUUCCUAAAACGUCUAAUUAUAAUCGGUUGAUGGACGAAGAGGAGGCUGAGAAUUCAGAGGUGGACAUAGUUUCAGCUGCUAUUAUGGCCAAAGUUCUGGAGGAGCGCGAACGUGAGAGGUCCUGUGUGAAACAUUGUGAUACAUGCACUUGCUCGAAGCAUAUUAGAAUAAUAACACAUAACACCCAUCACUCAGUGAGCACACAGACUGGAAGCCCAGGCAGCACAAACACACUAUGUUUAAAGUGCAAUCACCAAUUGGAGAAUAGCCCGCCUUUAGUGAAUAUCGUGAAAAACGUCGACAACAAUAAGAACGUGUACAAUUUACAGGAAAGCAACAAUCAAAAUGUGGCAAAGGUGCAGCCAAACAAUUUCUUGAUCGAUAAGAAGCUGAACGAGAGCAAAAUGGAGACAUCGAGUGACAGUAAGUCGGAGAACCUGAUAGACUUGAACAGUCCGACAAUACGUGAUUCACCCAACGAAGUGAUCUUCUUCAACAUUAACGAGAAGAAGGAAAAACCGCUGACGCAUCAUAAGCUCUGCAAGAACACGAAACUGGAAACAAGCGAGAUCUACAAGGGCGGGAGACAGUGUUCCAUGAGGCUGCAAACCGGAUCGAAGAACAUCCUGCUGGACUCGAAACCGAACGCCGUCUCUCCGGUACUGUACACACACAGUGAAAUGAAAAGUAACAACUCUAAAUCAAUUAAACCUGAAUCUAUUAGUUCGGGGGACUGCAAAACGUCGAGCAGCCUGAGUGAAAACACUUCGAACCAGAGGGUAGCUGACUGGAUACAGACCAUCGACGUCGGCAGCACUUCGGACUACUCCGAAUCCCUGAACUCGCAUCCAUCGAGUAGGACCGACGAUAAAACGGAGCUCGACAAAGUCAAAUAUAAGCAGAUGGAGGAUAACGUGAAGAGGUUUCUAUUCGGCGAGUACAAUUUCGUACACAAAAAGAAUAUAAAUGAAAUCAGCAAGCAAGAUUGAAUGUAAUCACUCGUUGGUGUAAGUAAUAAGUUAAUUUGGCUUCCACAUAUUCCGGAUAUUCUCAAAUUUAGAUCGUUUCCUUUCUUUAAUACAAACGCGAAUAGAAAAAUUCUACACACAGAUACCAAACCUCGGAUUAAAACUGGUUGCAUAGUUAUCACGGCUAAACGUAAUAAAACUGGGCGUAAAUGAGAAUAAGCUUCAUUUACACGCAUUCACGAAUAUAAUAUAUUAAAAAAAUAAACGCAAUCAAUAUAAUUGUGAAAA